AGUGUAAGAAAUUGUAGAAUACAAUAAUUUGAAUUGUUCAAGUUUUUUGAUAUAUAGUUAUCUAUAGAUUCUUCCAAGAUAAUGCGAGAUUAUUGAACAAUUGAAAUUAGAAAGGUUAUUGACAGGUUUAGAAUUUAUUUUCAGUUUGUUUUAGUAUCGGAAAGACACGUUUAUCUGUGAUAAUAGCAAUGCAUUUUUUAAUAAUAGUUUUUGGUAUAUACUUUAUUGGACUAGGGGAAUCUAUAAACCAGACAUAUAGUUCCGAUGAUGAUUGUGCCAAAGAUAAAAGUAUGUGUAUCGACAAUAUUCGUCAAUGUGACAAACUCUCAAAUUAUUCAAUUGUAGAAGAGAAGUGUUUAAAAUAUGCUACCGAGUAUAGUUUUACCUGUUUUGAAGAUUGGCAGUGUGAUAAAUUUUUAGGGAAUAACGCACAAUGUAAAAAUAAUAAAUGUUUAUGUAGCGAAGGAUAUAGAUGGUACCAAGGAGAAUGCAAAAAGAUACUGAAUAAAGGUGAUACAUGUACCGAUACUGAUUUAUGUUUAGAUGGUAAUGACCCAUUGGCUUUGAUAUGCCAUGAAGGGUUGUGUCAGUGUAAUACUGAGUAUUAUGAUAGAGGGUUAGACUGUAGAGUGAAGUAUGAAUAUUCACAAGAAUGCGCUAUAAAUGCAGAUUGCGUUUCUACAGAUGUAGUUAGUAUAUCGAAACAGAUCUAUUGUGGGCUUGGAAAAUGUGUUUCUGGAAAUUCUGUACGAACAACUGCGACAACUAAUAUUAGUCUCUUUAAUGAAAAUAGAAAUAAAACAAGCGACACCACAUGUGAAAAAGGAGUUUUGUCAAAUUUGACUAAAGAAGAAUGUGAUGAAUGCCUUAAUACCUUAUACUUCUUAAACUCGACUUGUAUAUGCAAGCAAGGGUUUUUUCUACAAGAUGGUCAGUGCAUAGCUGAAUUGGGCAUGCCGGAUUCAAAUACCCAUUAUUCGGAAGAUAAAGAUUGUCCUAUUAAAUCUGGAAAAUUAAAAGAUGGCAUAUGCUAUUGCAAGAACUAUUGGUUCCAACAUUAUACUAACAGGGAGUGUACAAAAACUACAUUACAGUACACUUAUAAUUGUAUGGACAAUGAGUGGUGCAAAGCAAUGGGCCCUUACGCUUAUUGCAAUUCCGCAAAUCAGCAAUGCGAAUGUAUCAGUCAAGCUCGGUUAAAUGAAACAUCGUUCCUUUGUCAGUUACAACCUGAUGCUAACAUAACAGGGCUCUGUCUGGAAGAUACGGAGUGUUCUCUUUACGAACAGUGUUUGGAUGAAACAUGCCAGUGUAAUGAUGGGUAUUUUAAAAGUAACGAAGAUUCCAGCUGUUUACCAAAAAUAAAUUCUUCUUGCGAGAUUUAUGACUGUUCGCAUAUUAAAAAUGCUAAGUGUUCAACAGAUGAGACCUGCCAGUGUGAAAACGAUUCUUAUGCUACAGAUGGAGAGCAAUGUUUGGAAAAGGCUACACAGCUCAACCAAGAAUGUUUAAUUGAGGCUCAAUGUGAAAACAUCAAGCAUGCUGCUUGUCUGGAAAGUUCUGACAACAAGAGUUACUGUCAAUGCGAAGAUGAGUACUCCGACAAAAACGAUACUUGCUAUUUCGUUAGAAGUUAUGGAUCGCAAUGCUCUUCCAAAUUUGACUGUACCAUAAUUUUGGGCGAUUCGUUUGUAUGUAGAAAUAAUUUAUGCCAGUGUCCCGUCCUGUACACCUUAAAAGAUAAUAUAUGUGUUUCAAAUACAUCAUCCAAGGUCGUGCUUAGCAUUUGGAUAAGUGCAUUAUAUAUAAUUCUGAUAUUUUUGUAAUUCAAGUAAUAUUACAAGGAUUAGAGAGAAUCACUUACUUUAAAGCUUUUAUACACUUAUUAAAAGUACAUAAAUUAUUUGAAUUUGUAUAUAAUUUAGUACUUAAGUUAAUAUAGUUAUUGUAUUUAUUUUUAAUUUCUAUGUAUAUAAGUUAAUUUAUUUUAUACACACUAUGAUUUAUAUUAUAUGAGAUAGUAGUAAAUAAAUAUUAUAUAAA